CGGGAUGAUGACUUGUGCCACGACCCUUUUGGUAGGGAAAGGGGAGGUCGCCAACUGAGCGACUGAUAUAAAAGAUUUCUGCCAUCUUACCUCCGAAGUCGACCUUUGGGAUCAAGCACCCACCAAGCUUGCCUUCGGAUAACGUUCAUUCUUUUACCAAGCCCUGCGCCGCAGCCAUUCACUCAUUUACCAUUCCCGUCUCGACAACUCGUCAACGUCCAUCAUCAUGAAGUUCACGGCCUCAUCCCUCCUCAGCGCCACCCUCGCCUUUGUGGCAUGCGGGCAGGUGUCUGCCAUUUGCUACUGGGACACUUGCUGCUACACCAACCACAAUGGCCCCGGUGCCUGCCCGCCGCAAUUGUGGGCGGUCACCCUUACCGGCUCGUACUGCAAGGUCUCAAUAUGCCCCGCCACCUGCGUCAACACCUCGGACAGUACCAACUGCGAUUGCUGUGACAUAAGGACCGGGACGUGUCGGGAGUGCUAAAGGAGGGUAGCGUUGCUGCCUGGUGGGGAUUUGACAAACAUCAGCUCGGCUAAGAUAGGUAAAUGGUACCUAAUAAUGAAC